AUGAAUGGGAUGCUGACGAUGGUGAUGAUGAUGAUGAUGAUGAUGAUGAUGAUGAUGAUGAUGAUGAUGAUGAUGAUGAGGAUGAUGAUGAUGAUGAUGAUGAUGAUGAUGAUGAUGAUGAUGAUGAUGAUGAUGACGAUUCAUGAUGAUGAUGAUGAUGAUGAUGAUGAUGAUGAUGAUGAUGAUGAUGAUGAUGACGAUGCUGCGCGCUAUGGUCAUGAUGAUCUUGAUGAUGAUGAUGAUGAUGAUGAUGAUGAUUCGGAUGAUGAUGACGAGGAUGAUUCGGAUGAUGAUGAUUCUCAUGAGGAUGAUGAAGAUGAUGAUGAUGAUGGUGAUGAUGAAGUUUAUGAGGAUGAUGAUGAUGAUGAUGAUUUUGAUGAUGAUGAUGAUAAUGAUGAUGAUGAUGAAAAGAUGUGGUGGAUGAUUAAUGAUGAUGAUGAUUAUGAUGAUGAUCAUGAUCAUGAUCCUCAUGAUGAUGAAGAUUAUGAGGAUGAUGAUGAUGAUGAUGAUGAUGAUGAAUCCGUUAAUGCUGAUUGUGGCGAUGAUGAUCAUGACGAUGAUGGAGACCCGUUUGAUUGCUCCGACGAUGGUGUUUUGGAAAUUAAUGAUGAUGAUGAUGAUCAUGAGGAUGAUGAUGAUGAUGAUGAUGAUGAUGAUGAUGAUGAUGAUGAUGAAUCGGAUAAUGAUCCUUCCGAUGAUGAUUCGGUGUAUGAUGAUUAUGACGAUGGUGAUGAUAAUGAUGAUGAUGAUAGUGCUGAUGAUGAUUUUGAUGAUACGGAUGAUGAUGCUGAUGAUUGUGAUGACGAUGAUGAUGAUGAUUUUGAUGAUGAUGAUGAUAAUGAUGAUUCCGAUAAUGACGAUAAUGAUGAUUUUGAUGAUGAUGAUAAUUCGAAUGAUGCUGAUGAUGAUGAUGAUGACGAUGAUGAUUAUGAUUCCGAUUUUGAUCAUGAUAAUGAUGACGUUGAUGAUCAUGAUCAUGAUCAUGAUGACGAUGAUGAUGAUAAUGAUGAUGUUGAUGAUUAUGGUGAUUCGGAUAAUGAUGAUUGCGAUGAUGAUGAUGGUGAUGAUGAUAAUGAUUCGGAUGUUGAUGUUGAUGAUGAAGUUGGUGGUGAUGAUGACGAUAAUGAUUUGGAUGACGAUGAUGAUGAUGAUGAUGACGAUGAUGUUGAUGAUGAUGAAGAUGAUGAUGAUGAUGAUGAUGAUUCGCGUGUUGAUCAUGAUGAUCGUGAUGAUGAUGAUGAUGAUGAUGAUGAUGAUGAUGAUGAUGAUGAUGAUGAUGCUGCGGAUGAAGACGAUGACCAGGAUGAUUCGGAUGAUGAUGAUUCUCAUGAGGAUGAUGAUGAUGAUGAUGAUGGUGAUGACGACGAUGAUGCUGAUGAUGUCGAUGACGAUGAUGAUUAUGAUGAUGAUGAUGACGAUGAUGAUGAUGAUGAUGAUUCGCGUGUUGAUCAUGAUGAUCGUGAUGAUGAUGAUGAUGAUGAUGAUGAUGAUGAUGAUGAUGAUGAUGAUGAUCAUAUUAAUGAUGAUGAUGCUCAUGAUUAUCAUGACGAUGAUGAUGAUGACGAAGAUGAUCAUGAUUCGGAUGAUGUUGUUCAUUGGGUGAUGAUUCUGAUGAAGAUGAUGACGGUGNAUGAUGAUGAUGAUGAUGAUGAUGAUGAUGAUGAUGAUGAUGAUGAUGAUGAUGAUGAUUAUGAUGAUGAUGAUGAUGAUGACGAUGGUGGUGAUGAUGACGAUGAUGGUGAUCAUGAUGAUGAUGAUAAUGAUGAUGAUAAUGAUGAUUCGGAUGGUGAUGAUUAUUAUGAUGGUUCCGAAAAUGAAUAUUUGGAAUAUGAUGAAGAUGAUUCGGAUGAUGAUGAUGAUGAUUCGCGUGAUGAUCAUGACGAUAUUGAUGAUGAUAACGAUGAUGAUGAUGAUGAUGAUCAUUCGGAUGCUGAUGAUGACGAUGAUGAUGAUGAUGAUGAUGAUGAUGACGAUGAUGAUGAUGCUGAUGAUGAUGAAAAUGAUGAUGAUGAUGAUUUGUCGGAUGUUGAUGAUUCGGAGUAUGAUUUGAUUUUUGGUGAUGAUGUUGAUGAUGAUGAUGAUGAUGAUGAUGAUGAUGAUGAUGAUGAUGAUGAUAACUCUUAUGAUGAUGAUAAUUCCCAUGAUGAUGAUCAUUUGGAUAAUGUUUCGGAUGAAGAUGAUGAUGAUGAUUAUGAUGAUCAUGAUCAUGACGAUGAUGAUGAUGACGAUGAUGAUAAUGAUAAUGAUGCUAAUGAUGAUCAUGAUGAUGAUGAUAAUGAUGAUGAUGAUGACGAUUCGGAUGGUGGUGAUUAUUAUGAUGAUUCCGACAAUGAAUAUUUGAAUGAUGAUGAUGAUGAUUCGGAUGAUGGUGAUGAACCGGAUGAUGACGAUGAUGGCGAUUCGGAUGAUCAUGAUUGUCAUGAUGAUGAUGAUCAUGAUGAUAUUGAUGACGAUGAGGAUGAUGAUGAAUUUGAUGAUGACGAUGAUGAUGAUGAUGAAC